CGACGCGCCUGACGUGCAAUUGCCAGCCAACAACUACCAAAACUUUCAAUUCGCACGACGACACUCACGAUGGCGGAGACGGAGUACAAGGAUUAUCUCGCUGCACGCAUCCUUACGGAGAACCAACCUGUUACUUACAAGCUGCUCUCGAGGGCGCUGCAAGUCAAUGUUAGUGCUGCAAAAUGGAUGCUGUUCGACUUCCACCAGAAGCAGAACACAAAGAAACCGAACUCCAUCCACGCAACGUACCUCAUCUUCGGCACGAAGCGGACCGUCAGCAAAACAAACGGUACCAACGGUCGAAGCGGUGAAGAUGUCAGCAUGCGCAGCUCCCCGUUCAUGAGCUCCGUGCCAGAACCAGAGGAAGAAGAAGAGGAGCCCGUCAAAAAGUCUACUAUCUUGUUGGUUCGGGAGGAGGAACUUGCCAAGACUCGCGCUGAGUUCUCGGAGGAAGCCUCUAUCCACAUCUACAGCCUGGAACCUGGACCGCUCGAGAACUUGAACAUACUGGCAUCAUGCAAUCGCGAGGUAAAUUCGAAGUUUGCGGACACGGAUCCACUGGAACGAUGGCGAGUAUAUGGAUCUAUCCAAAACCCUUAUAUCAAGCGCAGGACAGCCAAAUAUGCACCUCCUCCCACUGCCGCUGCCUCCGCUAAAUCAGCCGCUAAGCCUGCUGUUAAGCCCACCGCGAAGCCACCCGUGGCUGCUCAGCUUAGAAAAGAAGCCUCAACAUCCUCGCGUAGGGGUAGUGCAUCGGAGGACAAUACAUCUGGGCAAUCGACGCCUCAGCCCGCCGCAGCCCCUAGCAUUCUGAAAAGAUCAGACUCUACCAAGUCUGUGAGCACGAAGAACAAGACAGCUGGAGAUAUCUUCAAGUCAUUCGCGAAGGCAAAGGCAAAGCCGAAGGACGCUGCGAAGUCGAACGAGCCAACACCUGCGCCCGUUGACGAUGAACCCAUGCAAGGCAUGUCGGAAGACGAAGGUGAUGACGAUGAGCCUGGAGUCCAGGUCGACACCGAAAAGAUCGAAGCCGCAAAGAAAGCUCGUGAUGAGCGUGCCGAGAAACUGCGGAAGAUGAUGGAGGACGACGACAUGCCUGAUGCACCUGCCGCGGAAGAGAAGCCAUCUCAGCCCGAGAAAGCAGAAACACCCAAGGAGGAUGAACCAAAGCCUACCGUCACUGUACAGAAUGGUCGAAGAAGAGGCAAAAGACGAGUGAUGAAGAAGAAGACAGUCAAGGACGAAGAAGGUUACCUUGUGACCAAAGAAGAGGCUGUAUGGGAAUCGUUCUCAGAAGAGGAGCCUGAGCCCAAGCGAGCAAAGCCUGCACCAAAGCCGGCCGCUGCAGCAAAGGGCAAACCCACGGGCAAGAAGGGGCAAGGAAGCAUUGCCAGCUUCUUCAAGAAGGCUUAGAAAGCUUGCGAUAACAACUCUACUACUACACGUACAUACUCUGCAGAUACUCUAUCGCGAAACAGAUGUGUUCUAGUUCUGGCGCAUGCCUUUGGA